AUGUCCGUGCCCCACACCGAGAUGGUCUCCGACUCUUCGGCCAGUAACGCUGCCGAGUCCCAGUCGUCCGACUCGACGCCAGUCUCGAACCACCGCGAAGCUGGUCCCAACGCUGCUCAGGCCCACGUGCUCGACGAGACGCUCUUCCCCGCCGACUCAUACACCUCCGACACAAAGACCUACUGGGCCGACCUGCCCUUCUGGGAAAAGACCAAGUGGAUCAACAACCAGUCCAACGCUGAAGCACGUCGCGAGCUUGGUGAAAUCGGCCGCAUGUUCAAGCGCGACCCUCUUUCCCCCAUUCGCGCCUAUUUCAGCAACUACGUCGUCACCGGUCUCGGUCUCUUUGUCGAGGGCUACACUCUCUUCUCCAUCGGGAACCUCUCGCCACUCUUCAAGGCCGUCUGGCCCCAGUGCUGGAAGAACCACCGCGUCUGCGAUGAAGGCUGGAUCCACGCCAUUGACUACCUCGAGAUCGUCGGUAUCAUUGUCGGUCAGAUCCUCGUCGGUAUCGAGGGUGACUGGAUCGGCCGUCGUUUCGGUAUGGUCCAGGAUGCGCUCGUCAUGACGCUCGGUUCCGUCAUGUUGACCGCCAUGUGGGGUACCUCGCUCAACGGCUGGAUCAUCUGCUAUGCCUGGUCCGUCUUCAUCUACGGUAUCGGUGUCGGCGGUGAAUAUCCCAUGACUUCCACGCGCGCCAUGGAGGGCACGGGCACUGGUCGUGCUGCCACCACGGGAGACCGAAUGCACCGUGGCCGCAAGGUCGCACUCUCCUUCCUCAUGCAGGGCUGGGGUCAGCUCGCCAACCAGGCCGUCCUGAUCAUCGGUUUGCUCAUCUUCCACGGUUCACUCCAAGCGCCUUACUCCAAGACGGCCACGCAGUGGACGUUCCGUGUUCAGUUCGGUAUCAUUGCUGCGUUUACCCUCUACCUCGCCUACAUCCGAUACUACCGAAUGAAGUAUCAAGACGCUGCGCUCAAGAACGCCAAGAAGCGCCUCAACACGUCGGGCUACGACGUCAAGUCGCUCAAGCUCUCGCUCAGCCACUACUGGCACCGUCUCGUCGGCACGGCGGGUGGCUGGUUUGCCAAUGAUUUCUUCUUCUACGGCAACAAGAUCUUUUCGGGCAUCUUUAUCAACAUCAUCACGGGCAACCGCGGCGGCCUCGAGACAACAUGGCUCUUCAAUCUGUACAACAUCAUCGUCUCGCUCGCCGGUUACUACCUUGCUGCCCUCCUCAUCGACCACAAGCAGUACGGUAGGAAGUGGAUGCAGGCAAAUGGUUUCAUUGCCGACUUCAUCCUCUUCAUCAUUGGUGCUGCGCUGUUCAACCCGCUGACCAAGCCCGGUGGAGGUAUCAAGGCGUUCCAGGCCAUCUACUUCCUUUCGUCCUUCUUCAACCAGUUUGGUCCCAACUCGACCACCUUCUUGUUGGCCGCCGAAGUGUUCCCCGCUUCCAUCCGUGCCACUUCGCACGGUGUCUCGGCUGCUGUGGGCAAGCUCGGUGCGCUCGCUCCCGCUAUUCUGUACAACUACAUCGACAAUCACACCAAGUUCUGGGUGGUUUCUUGGUUCGGCUUGCUCGGAUGGGUGCUCACCAUGGUCUUCAUCCCAGACACCACCGGAUUGGAUCUGCGCGAGCAGGAACGAUACUGGGAGUGCGUCGUCCAAGGCCGCGAGCAGGACUACCACGGCGUCGCCGUCCACCCCCGCCACCUCUCAUUCUAUGAGCGUGUCGUUCUCAAGCGUCAUCGCUACUACGACCCAGAGCUCGACCGCCAGCAGAAGAUGCAGGAGCUCCAGGCGCUCUUCCAGUCGAGCCAAAACGAGAAGACCGACGACGAGUUCCCCGCCGACGACAUGAUGGAGGCCGAUCUGCAGCUCUACUUCCAGUCGCUGGCCGAUGGGCAGGGUGCCAACAAGAAGUUGCAGCAGCCCCAGCAGCCCCCUGCGCAGCAUCCGUCUAAGCUCGCAGAGAUCGAGAAGCGGUUGUAA